UAGGAGUGGUAGUGGAAUGCUCUACUUCAUAGCGUGUUCAUGACGCAACUUAUUAAAUUGCUAUGGCGGAGAAUUAGUGUAUGAUUAAAUUUAUUUACUAUUCUGCUCCGUCAUUGUGUUUAAGGUAAAGUUUAAUUUGGCCUUUAAGAAAAAUCAUGGAUAGCAAUAAAGAUGAGGCUGAGCGGUGUAUGGAACUCGCAGAACGAUAUCUACGGGAGAAAAGAUAUGAAGAGGCGGAAAAAUUUGUACGUAAAGCACAGAAACUUUACCCAACAAAAAAAGCAGAAGAUGUAUUGGCAAAAGUGACAAUGAUGUCAAAACAAAAUCAACAAAAGUCUGAAUCUGAACCUACAGUUAGGAAACGUCAAACUGCACCUAAGGAAACUACACAUACUCAAGCUUCUAAUGAUUAUACAAAGGAACAGCUUGAACAUAUUAAAAGAAUCAAGAAAUGCAAAGAUUAUUAUGAAAUUUUGGGUGUAAGCAAAGAUGCAACUGAUAGUGAUAUUAAGAAGGCAUAUAAAAAGUUGGCACUUCAAUUACAUCCAGACAAAAAUAAAGCACCAGGUGCUGCUGAAGCAUUUAAAGCCAUUGGAAAUGCUGUCGCUAUACUCACUGAUGUGGAAAAAAGAAAGCAGUAUGACAUGUAUGGCCCUGAGGAGGAAAGAAUGCAAAGUGCUCAAGCUCACCAAAAUCCUUCACAUUACAAUUAUACAAGGGGAUUUGAAGCUGAUAUAACAGCAGAUGAAUUGUUCAGUAUGUUCUUUGGAGGUGGGUUCCCACAGCAAGAAUUUUAUAUGAGACGCUCUGGAAGGUGGGCGAGACAACAAGAAGCACAAGCUCAACAUGUUCAUUCUCAGCAAGCAAAUGGAUAUACCACAUUCCUUCAAUUGUUGCCUGUGCUGUUAUUAAUAUUGUUAACUAUGAUGAGCAGUUUCUUUAUAUCAGAUCCUGUAUAUAGCUUACAUUCUAACGCAAAAUAUUCUGUAUUGAGAACAACUCAAGGAUUAAGGGUGCCCUACUAUGUGAAAGAAAACUUUCAUACUGAAUAUCAAGGCAGUUUACGUAGGCUAGAAAUUUCUGUUGAAGAAGAGUACCUGCAUAAUUUGAGACAUGCCUGUUUUAGAGAGAAAAAUUAUAGGGAAACGAUGAUGUGGAAAGCAAGAAACUUUGGAGAUCAAGAAUUAUUUUCCAAAGCUAGAAAUAUCGAAAUGCCCUCGUGUAAGAGGGUACAAAAUUUGCAAGGCGCAUAGCGGCGCUACGUUUUUGAAUAGAAUUUUGUUGUAGAUAGGUGUAUAUUGUAUUUACACGUGUGUAGUUACUAUUUGAUGAAAUGAAGAAUAUCAACUAUAAUGCCUGUGCGCAAUAAUUCUAUAUAUUCGCAUCAAAAUUUAUAAAUGAUAUUCUUCUUGACCCGUCAUGAAAUUUUACAUAGGCCAUUUAAGCUGUUUGCUCCAACUUAAAUUAUAAAUUGAUUUUAAUAGCAUGUAUGAGGAAUUCCAACAUACAAUAUUAAUAUCAUAUUUAAUUUAGUUAAUCUAACAUAUUUCUUAAAUUCUUUAGACUGAACAGUGCAAUUUUAUAAUAUAAUCUAAUAUAUUCAAUAUAUUGAUUAAUUUAUAUGUAUUGUCAGUCAGAAUUAUCUAUGUAUCGUCGCUAUGACACGCAGAGGAACAGCUGGGUGGCAUAGUUAGUGGCAAACAUUAAUUUUGAAGAUUUAAAAGUAUUUCCAAUUAUUUAUAAACAUCGAUUAAUAUUUGGCUGUUAAUAAUUUAUUCAAAAUCCUGUUGUACUAUUUAUUGGGUAUAAUAAUAGAUCAUCACUUUUGGCUGUUAAUAAUUUAUUUAAAAUCUUGCUGUACUAUUUAUUGGGUAUAAUAAUAGAUGUUAGUAUGUGAUGAUUUUGACGAUUUUGAUAAAUAUAUUAUUGCAGUAAUAAAAUUGCUUGUACACGAAAAGGAUCUAGAUAAUAAAGGUAGAAAGCUCGUUAAAUUAUGUGGAAACGAAAAAAUAUAAAUUAUAUAAUGUACACUAAGGUCAUUAACGUUAGGAAGAAAUGAAUAAAAUUAUUGCAUGCAUUUGUUUUAGGCAAGGAAAAACUGGGAAAAAGAAAAACAAACAUUGAGAAAACACCCCUUGUAUGGCCUAGGUCAUAUCUCUGGUAAUAGCGAAAUUUGUGCGAACCACCUUUUUCUUUUGUAUAAAAUCCAAUCCUAUUCACAGUAUUACAUAAUGUCGACGAUUAUUAUUAUUAAUAUAAAGAAUUAUUAAUAUUAAAAAUUCCACAGACACAAUAUUAUACUAGUUACAUUCCUUCUGUUACUAUGAAAAAUACACGGCACAUUGCAAGCAAACAAAAAACUUAGUGUUUGUGACGUAUAUCUAUUCGUAUAUUAUCUUUCUCUUAUAAAAUGAAUAUAGUUCAAGCUAAAGAGAGGAAAGCAUUAACUAUGCAUGAAUUUAUUGUCACAUAUGGCGAAUUGUAAUAAAUAAUCUUGAUGGAGUCGCAGUCAUCGAACCAUACACAUCAUCGCGCCAUAAAUAUUUAUAUGGAUGUAAAUCUGAAGAAAAAGGAAUUUCGAACAAGCUAAACAAGUGGCCACAUAUGUCUGCUGUUGUUUAUAAAAUGUAAUGUACAUGGAUAACACGAAAUAGAUGACCAAUAUACCCAUCUUAAGGAAAAGGUUUGUUUGUAUGAUGUUGAAAGUUUUUCGAUACUAAUUAUUAUCUUUGUAAUUGAUUAAAAAAUGACUACAUUUAUGAAGUUAUGGAUUUUGAAAUGUUUAUGCUAGCCGAUCUACCGAACUGCACAUAUCAAAUUUGUUUUAUAAUUUGCUCAGCUCGUACGUAUUUAAUGGCACUUAUUUAUUUGAAUCAUUACAUGAUGUUAUAUAUAUAUAUAUGUCAAAGUAUUUUAAUUAGCUUCGAAAUAAAGGAACUUGAAAAUUAA